AGAAUAUAAUUAUUUGAUCAAAUAGUUUACUUCAAAAAUAUGUCGCAAAUCUUAUUAACGGAAGUGGUUAAAAGCUACUUUGGCACGAGUCUGUCAAACCAUAUGAAAUGUUAGCAAAUGGCAACAGAUAGACAAAAAAAGAUGCUCCUAAUAUGGAACCUUUCAAAGGAUAUCCUCAAGGAAAUGACUUCAAAAAGUCAAAAACACAAAUACAAGCGCACACACAACACAAUCCUCUUUUAUUUUAAGGAGGAAGUAACCAAAUUCAGCUUCCAUUCCAUUGAUGUGCAUAAAAAGUUUGUGUAAAAUCUAUAGGUCUAGAGCAAAUGAAAAGAGUAAAACAUCAUCUUAAAUUGUUGACACAAAUCCCCCUGGUUCAGACACAGAAUAUCUGCAGAUGUUUCUGUCAAGGCACUCAACUAUCUCCAAACCACAACGGUUCAUCAGAUGAUUUUCCCGUGGUUUCACCAAGAAUCAAACUCAGAGAUGGGAGGCACCUUGCCUAUAUUGAGAGAGGCGUCCCCAAAGACAUAGCAAAGUACAAGAUCGUCAUUGUGCACGGCUUUGGAAGCUCCAAAGAGAUGAAUUUUCUGGCACCCCAAGAAUUAAUAGAUGAGUUGGGUAUAUAUCUUCUGCAAUAUGACCGGGCUGGAUAUGGAGAAAGUGAUCCAAACCCCAAACGCUCACUGAAAAGUGAAGCACUUGACAUUCAAGAGCUUGCUGAUCAGCUACAAUUAGGACCACAGUUUUAUGUGAUUGGAGUCUCAAUGGGUUCAUACGCUACUUGGAGUUGUCUAAAGUAUUUGCCCCACAGGCUUGCAGGGUUGGCACUGAUAGCACCAGUGAUCAAUUACAGGUGGCCUUCAUUCCCUAAGAGACUGAUAAGGGAGGACUACAGGAGGAAACUUGUCCAGUGGUGUAUGUGGCUUGCAAACCACUGGCCUAGACUAUUGCAUUGGUGGGUCACUCAAAAGUGGCUCCCUUCAACUGCUGUCAUAGAGAAGAACCCUGCAUUUUUCAACAAAAGUGAUGUGGAUAUUCUAAAGACAAUUCCUGGGUUCCCUAUGCUUACAAAGGACAGUUUAAGGGAAAAGGCUGUUUUUGACACUCUUCGCCAUGACUGGAGGGUGGCUUUUGGAAAAUGGGAAUUUGACCCAAUGAAGCUAAGUAAUCCAUUCCCUCACAAUACAGGUUCGUUUCACAUUUGGCAUGGCUACGAAGAUAAGGUUGUGCCCUCUGAACUCCAGAGAUUUGUUUCAGGGAAGCUGCCCUGGAUACAGUAUCAUGAAGUUCCAGAUGGUGGCCAUUUAAUUAUAUACUAUAGGGGCUUGUGUGAGGCCAUUUUGAAGGCACUUUUACUUGGACAAGAAAAUGUUGCAUAUAGAUCUAAAGCACCAUUAUUUGAAUCUUAAUAUGCCAUGAUUUCAAAAUCUAAUAUGUAUAUUAUUAGAUUUUUUAAAGGAAACUGUCAAUUGUAUAAAUUACAUUUGUUUGGCAAAUAAAAAGAAUAUGUGUGAAUUGCAUUC